AUAAAUAAUAAUAAUUUAUUUAUACUUACUGCAACAUUAAAGUUUUGCACAUGAUAUGAUAGUUUCUUCAAAACUCCUUUCAAAUUCUAGUAGAUAUGGGUGAGUUUUUCAGCGAUGGAGACCUAACAAUGGAAGAGAAAUGCGAAAACAUGAUGAAUAUAGUUGUGGAAUCUCGCAAACGGUUCGGAAAAAUGUGUAUUGAUUAUCACCAGAAAGCCUCUCUUAUGGAGAACAAAAUACUAAAUUUACAGCUCGACACGUUCUCUAAUUACCGUUUUAAGUCGAAAAACUCUAUACCAGACAUAAAUAUCGAAGAUAUGAAUAAGGACAUCAACGAUUUUACCGCGGAAAUAUUGGCGAGAAGGAAAAAAAUUGAUGAGUUAAAAAAAAAAGUUAAAGACACAGAAAACGUUGUUCUUCAGUUGAAAAAAGACACCCUGAGUCAGAAAAUGGCUGAACCUCUAACUGUGGACGCUAAAUUAGCCAGGGCGAAAGCCAGAGCUGUUGAAAACAUGGAAAUUUAGAAUAGGUUUUAGUUUUGCAUUUAUUUUGUUUAUUAUACAACAUCGAGUAUAUAACCAGAAAUAGAGACGAAAUAAAUCUAUCCCUGGCCACUCAUCAGGCAAAUGGGCCUUAUAUCACUUUUAAAU